GUCACAGGGUGUUUAAUGUACGGUGAGAGUUCAUCAGAGAUCCAUCGACGAGUGAGGGCAUGCUAAUGAGCGACCGAAACACCCGGGCAUUCUGUCAUUUUGCUCUCGUCUAAAGAGGGUCAGUUAAGCUUCGGUCCACGGGACCUGCUUUCUACUACUACAAGAUCUUAUUAUUUAUAAUCUGUACUCCCAGCGACUUCGCUUCGGUAAAUCGUAACAACUUUUUAGCUGCAAGCGGGAAAGGGACAUCCAUUUUUUGAGGUCGCAACUCUGUUUUAUCUGCCACGGGAAGUUUCUUUUCGACGGAAACUCAGGAAUUCGAACUGUCGAACGAAACAAUUGUGGAGUAUUGGACUUUUUCGCGUGGGAAUCGGCGUGAUUUGGCAAGGAUUCGUUUCAGAUUUUCUUUGAAGACCUGUAAGCAAGCUCGGCGAGCUAAGAGAUGAUGCAGCACUUUAACGGCUACAAUCCCGCCACAUUGGGCGCUAUGGGCGCCAUGUACAGCAUGCACCAGCAGGCUCUACAAAUCCAUCCUGGAUAUCGGCCUUCCACACACGCACUCUCAUUGGCUGAGAGACUAGCAGAUAUUAUACUUGAAGCUCGCUACGGUGCUCACAGGAAGCAACGGCGCAGUCGCACUGCGUUCACCAAUCAGCAGCUCGCUGCACUGGAGAAAACAUUUUCCAAGACACAUUACCCGGAUGUAGUCAUGCGGGAGAGACUAGCAAUGUGCACAAAUCUACCAGAGGCACGAAUUCAGGUGUGGUUUAAAAACAGACGUGCCAAGUUCAGGAAGCAGCAGCGAAACAAAGCAAUGGCCGAGAAGGACUCGGACGAGAAGGGUGAGGAUGACAAUGACGAUGAGGAGGAGCAUGACCCUCAGGAGGAGGGCAGCAGGAGUACCUCAUCGCCUCUCGUAGACUACAAGGAGGCACGGAGACCACAAACAGGAGAACAAGAGGAUGAUGAGGACAUCGAUGCUGACGAGAGCUUGAGCGAGAGGUGCCCGAGUGAGGAGGAGGAGCACCUCACGGUGGACUGUGAGGUACCUGAACCUCUGAGGGAACUUGAGAACAAUAACACAGACAAAGCAUCAGAGGGUGCUAUCCACAGGUUCUCUGAGUCGAGAAGUAGAGCGGACCCGUUGGUGGUAUCAAGUGGUAGGACGCCGAUUGAGGAGUAUGGGAGGAAACAUGAGAUGGAGACCGAGAAGGAACCAGGAGAGAAACCCUCACCCGUCUCCUCACCGCUGAUGGCGAUGUCUGAAGACGCUCCUAAGUCAGUACCAUCACCUCUCAGGCCGUCGGUCUCAAUCACAACAAUUCAAAAUCCUCUGAGUGGUUUUCUAGGCGGUUCACACAUCACAACCUCCUUCCCAGAUGCCAUGGGCUUCCCUCCCUUCCGUGGUGCGGGACAGUUCCCCUGCUUUGACCCAAGCUCAGCGGCCCUACUCGCCGCCCGGAGUGGCAUGCCACCGGCCUUUGGACACUUCUCCGGUCUUUCUAGCGAGAGACAGCCCGGUGCGGCUGCCGCUGCUCUGUCUGGCUUCUACUCCCCUCAUAUGGCCGGUUUUGCGGCCUGGCCACCGGCUCAUCUACUCCCUCACGUGUCCCCCACCGGGAUACCUACUUUGACGAUGCCGCCGCACAAUAUGCAGAGUAGCAGUAUAGAGAGCCUGCGCAUUAGAGCUAAGCAACACGCAGCCGCAUUGGGUGUCAAUAUUGGUGAUUGACGACUGCGGACACCGUACAUUAACUCAUCAACAUUAUCUCGAUAAGCAGCAUGGCACUUCUGAAGCUCCGUACAUGGACGCAAUUCUGUAAAGGGGUUUUAAACCUCGACUCUCAACUUGUUAAACUCAGCGUGAAAAAAAAAUGAGGAAAAGUUACAGGAAAACAGGUUUAUAAUGAAAGACAAAGUCCCGUGAUUUCCCGAGACAUUUUGGUCUGCACCAGACCUCUCCCCAAGCUUUACCUUAUUAAAGAAACAUAUCUAUGGGGAGUCGAUGUCUUUUGAACUGGUGUAAGCACACCAAGUUUUGUUUAGGUGGGUUUUCUCUUUGGGGUAGUAUUAUUCAGGUUUCCAUCUCGCUGAAAGUGGUCGCCUAAUUUUGAUUCUUCAUUCAAGCUAUUGAUCAUAUUUCCUUUUGGCUCACACCAUCUGUCGUUUUUAGUUUAUUUGCAUCGUUGGUUUGGGGGAAAAAAUAAAAGGAAAGAAAAACAGUUAUUAAACGACUUCCGUGAAUUAUAACUAAAGGUCAGGAAUUAGAGGAUCUUAUAAUGCUAUUGCAAUCUGCCUGGUUUCACGUAUAUCUGGUGUUUUGAAGUCAGCAACAAUUACAGACUGUAACUCUGGCACCCUGACUACAUAUUGCUAUAAUGGUUGUUAACGUACAUUCAUUCAACGUAAGCAGACUAUAAUAUGGUACCCUAACUUCAAUGGUGUAUUAAAAGUGCAUUCAGCCAACAUAAGUAGACUAUGGUAUAGUACACUGACUCAAUAUUACUAUAUUAUUAUGUGUUAAGCAACAUUCAGCCAACAUAGGCAUGCAGACUACGCUAAAGAAACUUCAUAAAGCUAUAGUGAGUGUUCAAAUGCUGGUCUACUAACUGUCAACCAUUUUGUAAAUAAACUAAAUCUCAACAAAUUCGUGUAAGGCGGGAAACAGUUAUAAAAUAAUAAUUAUUUAAAUUUUCCCAAAAUAUCAAUCUGAUUAGAACUUGGAAAAUGAAAUUGUGGAGUAGGUUGAAGGUUACUGCGUCUCUCUAGGAAGCUAUGUUAAAAACUAUCAAAAAUGUACAUUAAUAUUGUAAGAAAUUGUAAACAUUUUAUGUGUAUAUAUUGAACGAUUGUGUACAAAAGUUAGAUAUAAAUAAUUAGUAUUCCAUCGUCCGUGUUUAAUUGACGGAUAAGCUAUUUAAAUCUAGAGUAUUAUGACGUUUAGAGCAAAGUACAUUAGUCUUUUGUUUUAAAUGGAUGCAUUUCAAAAUGAUUCAAAAUAGUGUUUUGACUUUUAACGGCGCUGGUUUUGUUUACACGUCAAAUUUUAGCCAUAACUUUUUAGGAUGGAUUGUUGAAAAUGUGCAUCAGUCUUUCGAUUGAAAAAGAAAUUGUAUCGUGUGAAAAGGUUCCUGUGUUAAAACAUGCCACACAAACAUUGUGUUUUCCAACUCUCUAGUUUCCACGCAACUAAAUCAUAUUUCACAAAGUUUUGAGAAGAGUAUGUUCAUUCCAAUCUCUAGUUGCUAAAAAAAACAUAUCAUCGGGAUGAAAACGAAAUAGAAGAAAAAACGCUGCUUUUGUCUUCCGCCUUCAUCAUGAAGAUGAAACAGUACUUUACUUUUACCACAGAUGUUAGCGAAGUAUUCAUAAUUAAGGUUAAACUCUAACGGCAAACUUCAAAAUAGCUACAUAAAAAACGAGUCAGUGAUUUGAGUCAAUUUGUUAAUUAAAUUCAUAUUAAACAGAGACUGAAUAAAAUGAUUUCAAAGAAUA